CCGUGGUGUGCGGAACGUCUGUCGCCCGCCGUUUCUCUGUGUCGUUUUGUGUUUUAUUGUGCUGUGUGGGUGAUAUUUUUGUUUAUGCUUAUUGUGCGUCGAAAAUGCCAAUUUGGAUACCAUCAGCUGUCUCCGGUUUGUGAUCAAAAAUUGACACUUCGGAACCUAAAAGGACUAUGUAUGUGCAUUGAUUCCCUUAUCAUCCAUGGACACUGUUAAUUAGCAUCCGUCAUGAGAAUUAUCAUGACUAAAAUGGUGAGGACAUUUUGAGCUUCGUUUAAGAAAUUAUUCGACUCUGGACAUAAACUGAUUCCUCGCAAAUGAUCAUACGAUACAAAGGACUACGCGGCGCUUACGAUGAGGUGCUUUGACAAAAGGGUGCCUACUUAAUGAUCUACUUAUUGCAACGAAGGAUCUUGGAAAGCUUUACGUAAACGAAUGCAAUGAAGCUGUGCUGGCUUGUUCUACUGUGGUGCGUUUUGGCGGUGCUGGCAGAGGAUGACUGGAGCACUUCUUGUCCUCCAGAGUGUAAAUGUAAAUGGGCCUCAGGCAAGAAGGUCGCAGAGUGCUCCAGCCAAGCGCUGACUGCAGUGCCGGACCAUCUCAGUCCAGAGAUUCAAAACAUUGAUCUUUCCAACAACAACAUGGUUUCACUGCCCAGUGAGACGUUCCGGGCAGUGGGACUCGUCAAUCUCCACAAGAUAUUCCUACGUGAGUGUGGCAUCCAAGAACUGCACAAAGAUGCAUUCAAAGGCCUUCAAAUACUCAUAGAGUUGGACCUGUCAAACAAUAGGAUACAUUCUGUUCAUCCUUUAAUAUUCAAAGACAAUGUGAGAUUAAGAGUUCUUCUUAUGCAUCACAAUCCAAUUACGAAGCUCGAAGACGGGCUUUUCACUAAUAUGUCUUUCCUUCAGACAGUGGACAUGAGUGAUUGUCAUUUAGGUCAUAUAGGGCAUAAAACGUUUAUGAAUGUCACGGCUCUUCAGCAUCUACAUCUGAACGGCAACAACUUAGUCCAUAUGAAAGUUGCGGUGGUAGAACAACUGGUCAGGUUAACUAGUCUGGUGCUUCACAACAAUCCUUGGAGGUGUGACUGCCACUUGAAGGCACUCCGCGACUGGACGAUAAACAAGAACUUGUACGCCCAGCCUACGUCGUGUGCUGAACCUCCUCACCUCGCCAACAAGCUGUGGUCGGACAUCGAAUCCAACGACUUUGCCUGCAAGCCCCAGAUUGUCUACCCUCCGCCAGAUAAAGUCACCACAGUUGAGGCGUAUGGUGGAGACGUAACUCUGAGCUGCAAAGUCAUUGGAAAUCCUCCUCCUGACGUCUAUUGGGUCAUCAACUCAAGAAUCAUCUCAAACAACACAAGAUCUAGCUAUGGAGACUCCAGGUACAGUGUGAGGGCUGGAGGAGGAUGGGUGAACCUGACCAUUGGUCGUGUGAGGAUGCAGGACCGAGGAGAGCUGACCUGUGUGGCAAAGAGUCCAGGAGGUCUGGACGAGAGGAAUGUCACCUUGGCAGUAUCUGCCAAUGGUGUAGGACCAUCAUUCCCACCCAGGUUUGAACAAAAUUGGGUUUUGAUCCUUUUCCUGAUCACGGGACUUAUGGCUCUGCUCCUGAUUGUGCUGUUGCUAUGCUGCUGCCUAUGUCGUCGCAAGAGAGGCCGACCUCCACCCAAGAAGAUGCUGGCAGAUGCACCCAACGGUGACAUAGCUCACCCCGAGAAGAGUCUUCUUACUGUUGUCAAUCCAGUCCAAAAGCCACCUCGAAGAUAUGAGGAAAAACCAACAGAGCUUCAGGAAGUCAAUAGACAGCUUCUAGAUGAGACGGGGACCAGUGUGGGAGGUGACUUUGAAGAGAGAUCCACAGAGUCCAUGACUACCACGCCGCCUCUCAUGGAGCCGCCCCACUACCCCCCAGACUUGCUGGCGUUCCCUCGUGGUAUGAGUACGCCUCCACACCUCACAUCUCCAGUGCACGGAACACUCCCAUACUCCAGGUCGCAGUCACCCUUCUCACCUACACGCCCAGGGUAUGUAACUAUCCCCCGACGGCCCCGUGUGCCCAGCUGGUCCAGUGCCCCCACUCCCACCCUGCUGGAGGAUCCACUAGGUUUGCUCCGAGCAGAGCCUGUGUAUGACAACCUCGGCCCCCGUACAACAGCGGACGGCAGCUCUGUUCUGAGUCUCAACAAAGCGGAGGCAACACCCAUAGUGAGGCCCCGUCCCACACCACAGCACUGCGCUACACUCCCUACACCUCGCCGCGCCCCAAGACAAGGGCCUGAGGGAUCUACUGUCUCUCUCCCUCGUACUGUGUCGGCCGAAGGACCUCUUUCGCCUGCCAAACCUAAAGUGCCCCCAAAACCUCCUCCAAAACCCAAAAAGAACGGUCCUUUGUACGAGGAUGAAGGCGAGGAUGGUACAGAGGUCUGAGGAAGACUUGUCCUAGAUCACUGGCGACUUGUGUCCGCUGUGCUCGUGAGUUAAAGUGAGUGACUUGUAAAUGAACACAUCAAAGUGAUGUCAGUGUAAUUCUACAGGGUACCAAACAUGACACUCGGGGUUAGAUAAGGUUGGUAGCUGUUGCCAGAAAUCUUGCCUUUUUAUCAAUCUUCUGUAUCAUAGGCCUAAAUUGAAAAUAAUUUUGUUACACAAAAUCUUACAAAAUAUACUCUUCUAUUUUUAUAGAUUUUUUAACUGUAGGAUGACAGAUAUAAUUUUUUAUUUGAUGUUAAGAGGUGUUUUUUUUUUAUUAUAUAUUUUUUUAUUAUUGAAUAUGUAUUCAUUUGAUUUUGCUAGUUCAUCUCUGCAGAUAUAUUUAGUUCUGUUUCUAUAGUUAAAAUCAUUACAAUGAAGUACUGUAUUAUCAGUGUUAACACAUCAAUAUAAUUGAAGGAUUAAUUUUUUAAUAAUUAAGUAAGUCCCUUAAAGUAUGGUUUGUAUACUUUUAGAAAAUGAUAUUAGCCUAUGUUCUUAAAUGUCAUUGUUUAACUGUUCUAAUUAUUUAUCAAUAUAACUGUUACAUGGUGUUAUUAUUAUAAUGAUAAUAUAUUUUUCUACCCAAAUAUUUGAGGAUAAGUUUUGUUUUUUAGUCAAUGUUAGAGAGGAAUGGAUCAAGAUUUGGUGUUUUUGUUUUGUAUUUUUAUACAUUUUUUUUAGUUUACUUAUAGUGCGUAUAUCUAUAUGAUUGUAUUUUUAAUUUUACAUUACCUUUUUGUGCUAUUUUGUUGUUUACAGAUUCUUUAGUUACUGUUUAUUUUUCUAAGAUUUCUUAAGUAAAUGAUCAAACCCUUGAUGGUCAAAUCACAGAAGAAGUUGUUAUGAAGUUAGUUUCUGUGGCCAAUUGGAUGACUUGUGUCAAAGUCUGUCUAUGUCAAUCGAUUCACUGACUUCAAAAUGGGCUGACAGACUUGUUGGCAAGUUCGAGGCUCAUGUCCAAACUUUGCCUUGUGGAAUAGAACUUUGGUAAAACACAAAGUUCAAAGUACAACCAACUAGGUUACAUAGUAAUGAUGUUUAUUUUUAGUCAUCUAAACCCUAAAUAAGCUGAGGGUUCAUUUAAGUUUUGAGUGAUAUUUUGAGCUUAUUAGAACUACUCUUUUAAAUUUUUUUGCGAUCUUGUUAACAAUGAUAGAAAAAGUACUCAAAAUAAUUUUGUAAAUGAAGCGGGAUAAGUUUGUAACUAGUGCUUUGAUUUUUUAAUUUAAGAAAAUACUAAGUACUAAUUUAUUAUUUUGACAUGGGAAAAUAGUCCAUUAAAAAUACAUUGGCAAAAUAUACUUUUUUUAUUUCGUUUAAUAGUGCUCCAAAGAUUAAGGAUAACCAUGUCAAACUUUAAAAUCAGUUCUGUCAUAUCUCAUAAAACUGAAAUAUUUUUCAAAGGUACUUUAGAUGGUAGGAUUUGAUGGUGCAAAUUAAUGUUUGCUAAAACAUUCAAUGAUUAUACCUAAGAUCAUAAAGGUUUCUGACAACAGCAUAAGGCAAGUGUUAUACUUAUCACUUUCGACUGUUAUGAUCUACAAUACUAUUUUGUACAGUGUGUAAAAGUCUAUAUAAUAUAUAUAUGCUUUUAUUUAAGUAUGUGUAUUAUAAAAAUCUAUAAAACAAUUCUUUAUAUUUUUUUAUGUAUGCUUCCAAAAUGGAACUUUCAGUGCCUUUUUAGUAGUAUGUAAAUAAUAUUGUACAUACAUAAUUUUAUAUGACAUGUAUAGAUUCCAAUUUUGUUUGUUUUGUGAAAUUGUUCCUUUUAUUUUAAGACUGAGAUUGAUUUGUUUAUAUGGGACCACUGUUCUGUUACUUGUUUGAGGUCAAAGAAUUGUUUAUGUAUUGUAAAUAUGGUAUCAAAUGUACUAUAUCUUCUAUGGUCAGUUUAUAAUGUUUGUAAAUAGUUAUUAUACCAAGUUACAUCUGCUAACAAGUAAUAUUUAUAUACCCAUUAGAAUUCUUCUUUUUCAUGUUUAUUCCAUUAAAGAAAUUAAGGUAGGUAUUAUACCUUGUUUGUGUCAACUGCAAAUGUCAACAUUUAAUGAACAAUAAAAGCUUUUUG